GCAUUGUCCUAUUUAGUUCUUCGAAAAACACUUACGUUGACAAGUCAUAACUUUCGAUGCUUUUCUUCUUCGUCAAUCAGAUCGAUUGGCGGAGGAGUUCAAUCGAAUUGAUUGGCGGAGAAGUUCAAUCGGAUCGAUUGACGCUUUUACAGCCUAGACAGAUUUGGAUUUGUGGUGGGAGACAGAAAAAGGGGAGCUUAUAUAAUGGCCUUCCAAAACCAGAUGUUCGAGCACUCAGGACCAUUACAUCUGAGAGCUGUUGAUUGGAAUAACCCAGACCACCGUAGAUCAGUUGCUGCUAGCUUGGUUCAGGGAGUGUACAGUCUAGAACACGACCGCCUGGAGAACCGCCAAUGGCAUCAAGCACUUGCUCCUCUCUGGGGGGACUACUUCAAUUUCAAGUUAAUCCGCAGUUUGGUUGACAACGCUGAUCACUCCAUCUUCGGUGCCAUUUACGAGUUCGAAUCCCCGCCUCCCAACGGUCACCGCUAUAAUCCGCGCCAAAGCCCUCCAAGAUACGUGGUUGCCCUCCGCGGCACGAUGACCAAAUGGGAAACCAUGUCACGGGACCUCAAGUUGGAUGUCAAGGUCAUUCGGAACACGCUCGAACGGGACCCCCGCUUUCAGCUUGCAAUGCAAGCUGUGCGUGACACGGUUUCCAUAGCCGGAGCCGCAAACAUGUGGUUAGCCGGACAUUCCUUGGGCUCGGCCAUGGCACUGCUGGCCGGAAAGAACAUGGCCAAAAUGGGAUUUUAUAUGGAAACUUACCUCUUUAACCCUCCGUUCAUAGCCGUCCCGAUAGAGAUGAUGACCAAAACCCAAAUACUGAAGCACGGGGUUCGCGUCACGCGCAGUGUUAUGACAGCCGGAGUCGCGAUUGCUCUCGACGGUCUACAUCAAAGGCCUUGUAUGGGUGACUGGUUUGCUAUGUUAUCGGGGUGGGUUCCGUACCUUUUUGUGAACCCGUCCGAUCCUAUUUCCACAGGGUAUGUUGGGUAUUUUGGACAGAGGGAGUGGAUGGCGGAGAAUGGAGCUGCAGCUGCAGCUAUUGAAAGCCUUGCUACAAGGAAUACAAUAUCAGGUGCAAGUCAACCACUGCAUCUCCUUCCUUCAGCGUAUCUGACUACCAAUGUGAGGCCCGGUCAGGAUUUUAGGCAUUCACACGGGCUAGAACAAUGGUGGAUGCCGAAUAUCCAAUGCCAAUCCAAGCUUCACCAGUAUUUCAGGUAAUUGAUGAUUUCAGUACGCGAUACUUUCCUCCUGGGCCGGGGAAUGGUUGUCUAGAGCACGUACAUUGCAUGGUUUGGUGUAUUUCUUUGAUGAACUUUAUGUUUCUUUCUGAUCCUGAACUGUAUUGUGGACAUGGAAAUUAAAUAAGCCGGAAAAUCUUGACAUUAACCGGGAUGUUUGUGAAGCUAUAAAAAGCUGUUGUUUAAGGUAUUGCACUAGGACGUUCUCUCCUGAUUUCUUGGCUGGUGCCACCCACUUUGGCACUAGUGUUAUCCUAGGAAAUUUUUGAUAGAGCUAAGAAUCCAU